UGGAGCUUCCUCUCGCUGCACCUGACGCGCGCGCCGCUCAUCCUGCAGCAGCUGAUCCUCCGGAGCCGCAUCGAUCCAGUUCAGCGGCAUCAGCGACCGUCGUUCGGCCAUGGCGUCCAGGAGGUUCUUCGUGGGAGGAAACUGGAAGAUGAACGGGACCAAGGAGAGCGUGGAGGAGCUGGUGUCCGUCCUGAACGCCGCCAGCCUGCACGACGAAACCGACGUGGUGUGCGCGCCUCCCUCCAUCUACCUGCACUUCGCUCGCUCCAUUUUGGAUCCCAAGAUCAGCGUCGCGGCCCAGAACUGCUACAAGACGGCAAAGGGGGCGUUUACAGGCGAGAUCAGCCCGGCCAUGAUCCGGGACUGCGGCGCCGACUGGGUGAUCCUGGGACACUCCGAGCGGCGCCACGUGUUCGGCGAAGGCGACGAGCUGACGGGCCAGAAGGUGGCUCACGCUCUGGACAGCGGCCUCGGGGUCAUCGCCUGCGUUGGAGAGACGCUGGAGGAGCGCGAGGCCGGCACCACAGAAGAAGUCGUCUACGCUCAGACGCAGUUUAUUGCAGAUAACGUGAAGGACUGGGACAAAGUGGUUCUGGCUUAUGAGCCUGUUUGGGCCAUCGGAACCGGCAAGACUGCGUCACCUGAGCAGGCUCAGGAGGUCCACCAGAACCUGAGGGGCUGGUUCCGAGCGAACGUGUCCGACGACGUGGCCGACGCCGUGCGCAUCAUCUACGGAGGCUCGGUGACGGCCGCCAACUGCAGGGAGCUGGCGUCUCAGGACGACGUGGACGGCUUCCUGGUGGGCGGAGCUUCUCUGAAGCCAGAGUUUGUGGACAUCGUGAACGCCCGAGCGUGACGAGCACGGAGCGAGGCGUCCCGGCGGCGCCGUGGUGACCGGCUGGUGGCUGAAGGUGGAUCCCGCCCACUGCGACAUAGCCCCGCCCACCGCCACAUAGCCCCGCCCGCCGCUGCAUUGUCCCACCCACUGCGGCAUAGCCCCGCCCACCGCCACAUAGCCCCGCCCACCAUCACUGCUUCACUCUGAUGUAGCGUCUCUAGUCUCAGGCUUUGGGUUGAAGCUCCAACCACCGACUCAGUGGAACAAAUGAAGUGAUGUGCUUUGUUUCUGUUGGACCCUGACCUCACUAUUAAAGCUGUUCCCUCUCA